AUGUCGGUGGUCGGCCGAAGGCUCGUUUUCAUUUUGGCAAGUUUGCUUCUGCUUACUCGCGUCACAACUAGUCAAAUUGCACUUUGGAGAGUGGCGGCAUUCAAUUCAGGACUAAGGCAGGCACCCGAGUCGGCACCAGAGCAGGCACCCGAAUCAGUACCGUUACCGGAGCAGGCACCUGAACCAGCACCAGAGCUAGUACCCGAAUCAGGACAGGAACCGGAACUGGUACCGGAACCAGCACCGGAACAGGUACCCGAGCAGGCACCAGAACAGGCUCCCGAAUCGGAACUGGCGCCCAUUCUGGAAGAGGCAACCACUACGGAACAGCCUCCUGUGGAAACGACAACGGAGGAGGAUAAUUCCAUUGGUUCGAAUGUUUGCUCCUCCGGAGGUAGCCGGGCUGUUUGUAUGGAUUGUAAUGAAAUCUCCGUGUGUCUGAACGAUCGUGCGCUUCCGCCGAAGAAAUGCCCCGUGGCAACGCCGUACUGUGUCGAUUCUCAGCUCGGUGGUUACUGCUCCGACGAACCCGAUCUCGAGCGUCCGGAAUGUCACGAUCAGUUCCAGUGUACCUCGCAAGGCUAUUUUCCUGACCCCUUCAAUUGUCACUAUUUCUAUAUCUGCGAUACGAACUUCAGGGCGUACAGACAAGACUGUAUGCCAGGAUAUGUUUAUAAUGUGAAAAUCAACGGUUGCCGAAGGCAGAUUUUUCCCUCCGAUUGUGAAUCGCUAGACUGCUCCAAAUCGAACGGCGUUUGGGCAUACUACGGUAAGAGCAAGCAGUACUACGGCUAUUGCUACCAGUCAAGCAGUGGAAGUAACGAGGUGGCGCUGUUCAAGUGCAGUGAUAGUGCCGAAUUCGAUGGUUUCCAGUGUCAGUACAAGUGCAGAUCCCAGGGAAGGUUUGCCGAUUCCAACGAUAGGAGUCGCUAUUUUGAGUGUUAUUACGUUGGUUUCAAGCUGACGGCUCGAGUAAGGACCUGCGGUUCCGGAAUGGCGUUCGACGAGCGCACCAAAUUUUGCGUUGUUCAAUGA